UGACAUAUUCCUGUUAUGCAAACAGAUCACUAUGAUUAUUAUGAAACUCUAAGAUUAUAUGGUCCAUCAAAUGGCCUACCAAGAGGAGUUGCAAGAGAAGUGCAGUUGGGAAUACUAGUCUUGCCUUCUAACAUAGAUCUUCUGGUUCAAAAUAUUGCACUUCACCAUGACCCUUACCUGUGGGGAGAUGAUGUGCAUCUUUUUAAACCAGAGAGAUUUGCAAAAGGGAUUGCCAGAUCUACCAAUUACAAUGCAGCUGCAUUUUUUCCCUUUGGAUUAGGACCUCGAUCUUGUGUUGGUAUGUCCUUUGCAACCACAGAAACGAAGAUUGUGCUCUCCAUGAUUCUACAACGCUACACCUUUACCCUCUCCCCUGCCUAUGUCCACUCACCAAUGCCUAUUGUCGACCUUCAACCGCAACAUGGAAUUCAAGUAAUACUUGAACCACUGCAUAACAAUGAUUGAUGUACACUAACAGCUAAGGACAUGGGAUUCAACUCUGUUUGUUCCAACAUUCACCUUUAAGAGGUAGCAUUUAAGAUAUCCGGGGUUUUUAGUAUUAACAACCCCUUCCCUAUUCCUAA